AUGGGGGGUGGGGAGGGCCUGCGCCCCCCCUGGCCACCCCAGCCGUACCGCUUCGGCUACGACAAUGUGGACGAGUACGGCAACCGGCAGUUCCGCAGCGAACAAGGCGAUUCCAACAACGCCAAGACCGGCUCCUACGGUUAUCGAGACGCGAACGGUCUCUACCGCCGGGUGAGCUACGUGGCCAACGGGAACGGCUUCCAUGCCACUGUGGACACCAACGAGCCGGGCACCGCCCCUGGUGCCAGCGCCGACGCGGUCUUCAACGCUGCGCCAGUCGUCCCUCCGGUUCCUUCAGGAGCUACACAGACUGGUACACCUACAGCCUUUGCUGCUAGGGCGGCAUCGCCUUACAAUGCUGGUGGCUACACUGGGUACGGCAGACACGGAUACAACCCCUACGCAGGCGUUGCAGGAGCCCAUGGUAACGCCCCUUACAGACGUCAGGAAUACCCUGCCAGGGGUCCCGCACUUGGAGGAUACGCUUACGGCGGCAGCGUUCCCUAUGGCUACGGGGCUGCCGCAUAUGAAGCGGGCUACGCUCCGGGUGUCUAUAAUGCCCCAGCUGGAUACGGAGGUUGGCCUUCUGCUCAUCAUGGAUACCGCCGUCGGUAAUGAAGUCUGUUGCAGUGUGUGUGCCACAUACGCCUGAGAAGCUAGACUUCUAGCAUCGUUAGGUGUGUAUCGUGCAUGUUGAUACAGUUGAAGCAAAAAGCGAAUAAAAAUGUUAUGUGAUACGCGUAAGUUUUUUUUUUCUUAUUUACUAGCCUGAUGGGUGU